AUGAAGUUGCUUUUGGUUCUGGCUUGCGUAGUCCUUUAUGUGUCUCUUACAAUUGCCCAGGAACGCUGCGUUGGACGUCCUCGUCUGCGUCAGAACUGCAUCGGUGGAAGGAAUGAAGGACGCGGAGGUGGCCAAUGUCGAGCAAGUGCCAUGAACGAAAUGUGGUACUAUAACCAGAGAUCCAGGAGAUGCAUCAAGAUGAGGUAUCUCGGAUGUGGCGGCAACCGAAACCGCUAUUGCUCCUUGAGGCACUGCCAAAGUUCCUGUCGAUGA